AUGCUCUGUCAUUUGAUGAUGUUGUAUGAGGUUUAUGAUGUAGAGGUAGCCAGGACUGGGAGGUUUCGGUUCGAGUUACAAGGCAGGGUGGUUGAAUAUGGUGAAAUAGAAUUUUGUUUGAUUAGCGGUUUGAGAUUUGGGCCGUAUGUUGAUAUAAUAAAUACAAAAGUCAACAGAAGUUCAACAUUAAGGAAUCAGUUGUUCCCUAAUGUGAGAGAUGAAGAUUUACGGUUGAAAAAUUUAGAAGACUACGUAAAAGAGCCAGCAUUCUUAAUGUGUAGCGAUGAGGAUGCAGUAAUGGUUAUGCAAAUGAUAUUUUUGUUGAGGGGUCUCAUAGGACAAGAUGACAAUACGUGCAUUCUGUCGGCAGUGCAUGAGCUAGCCGAUAGUCAAUAUAAUUGGAACAUAUAUUUACGAGAUAAUGAGGAUGAGGGUUACACGAAGACGAUGAAGUAUACUGUUCUAGGUUUUCAGUUUCCGUUUAAGGUAUGGAUUUUGGAGACAUUUCAUGAAGCUUUGAGGUUUGCGCAUCACGAAAAAAAUGAAUUUCCAAGAAUGAGGGCAUGGAGAAUAAAAACACAAUUGAUUCUCGAGCAAUGUUUGUGUAUGUUAGACGUUUCAGUGGAUAAUAACAUUCCACGUGAUUUUGAACCAACGCCUGUUGAGAUCAGUUUUCCAUUCUUUGAGCGUUAUGUUAAUUGGACUCUAGAUAAAGUGCAAUCGCCACCGCAACAACAGAGUCCUCCUAAGGAGCGUUCUCCAUCACCGCAACUAAUGAGUCCUCCUAUGCAACGUUCUCCAUCACCUUGGAAUCAGUUUCAGGGAGCAGAUUACACCUCAGCCUCUCAUUUUUAG